GGCCAUUUAUUAUUCCUUCAACGAUCUCGGCCGCCUCCUCUUCCCCCUUCCGUUCCGUUGGCGUUUGAUCCUUCGCACCAGAUUGCUGCGACCCUCCGAAUUCCCAUUUCGCGGUUGAGAGCUUCGAUCUCUUGCGCGCAUGGAGGAGCUCUCCGGCGAGGCCACCGCCUCGCUGGCACCGGAGCCGCGCGGGCGGGCGGAUGAGGACGGGAGGUCGCCGCGGGAACCGCCGGAGCCGCGCAGGCGGGCGGAUGAGGACGGGAGGUCGCCGCGGGAACCGGCGUUCGAGGACGCAAUGGAGGAGGCGUCGACCGCCUCAGCGUCGCCGGUCGCGUGCCGCGAGGGCGAUAGCGAGGCCGCCGCGGAGGCCUCGCCGUCUUCGUCGCCCUCAGCGUGGAGAUCGCAGGGCGACGGGCCGGCCGCUGCGGAGGAAGUGGAAACGUACGACUCGCCUUCGGCUUCAUCAUCGGGGUGCGCGGCGAUGGAGGGGGAGGAGUCCCCGUCGGUUGUUGAAUCGCGAGAGGAGCCGGGGAGCGUGGAUACGGGAAGCGCCGCGUCUCCCUCGGAGCAGCUCGCGAGAGGAGCGGAGGAGCAUGAGAGUCCGAUGGCCACGCCAAGGGCAGGAUCGCCGUUGAGGGAGGAGACGGAGUCGAGUAUGCACUCGGCGCCAUCGUCCCCGGCGCGCUCAGCCACGUCGACGUCGUCUUCGCCGCUGUCGCAGAUCAAGCAGCAGGCGCGGCAUGUUCGAACAGGCAGCUUCCAGCGGUUCCGGCAGCAGAUGCAGCGCGCUUGGAAGUGGGGGCCGAUUGGAGGCGGAGGAGGCGGAGAGAGGAGCCCCAGGGAACAGUUGCUGCGGACGUCUCUGAACAUUGAGGCCAUGGCGAAUCAGAAGCGGCAGUGGUAUCAAAUCCACUCCAAGCUAUUUCUUCCAUCUCUGCAGGAUCACUGGCAAUAUAAGGAACCAGCAUCGCUCUUUGAACAUUUUUUUGUAGUUGGUCUCCACUCUUAUGCAAAUGUUGGAGUAAUUGAGGAUGCUUUUGCGAAAAAGAAAGCUUGGGAAUCUAAUGUAGCACGCUCAGAGAUAGUAGAUCUUAGAAAAAUCCAGUAUCAUGGACCUAUUCCAUCAAUGGAACCCCAGAUUCUUUUCAAGUAUCCACCUGGAAAGAGAGCGGAAGUUAGGGAGAAUGAUUUGCCCUCAUUUUGUUUUCCUGAAGGUGUAAAGGCUCGCUUAAUAGAGAGGACUCCAUCCAUGAGUGACCUGAAUGAAAUGAUAUUUGGGCAGGAACAUUUGUCUCGAGAUGAUCUGUCUUUUAUCUUCUCCCUUAAGGUAUCAGACAAUGCACCACUAUAUGGUGUUUGUCUGCAUGUCCAGGAGAUAGUUCAAAAGGCACCAGGUAUACUAGGCGUGGUCUCACCCCUAAACCCCACUUCCUAUAAGCCAAGUCGUUUCUUGGUUUCUGCACCACGUUGUUACUGUUUACUCACAAAGGUACCCUUUUUUGAGCUACACUAUGAGAUGUUAAACAGCAUAAUUGCACAGGAGAGGCUUGACAGGAUAACACAGUUUGCUAGUGAAAUUGCUCUAGCUGAACCAGUUCCUCGUUCUGUGAAAGAACAAGAUGGAGUAAAAGGGGAUUUUGAUUCCUCAAAUGGGAUUCCAUACAUUGACUGGACAGAAUAUGCUGUACCUGCCAACAGUAUAUCAGGUCUCAUUUCUUCAUCCGGUGUUCCAUCAGAAAGGGACAUGCCUUCAUAUUUGUUCAGGAGCUGCGGACCUAAUUCUCCUGAAAGUAUAUCUGCUAGUGAGAUUUCAGAUUCUAGUUAUGUCAGAGAAGUUGAUAAGGAGGGAAGGCAUAGUUUCCAGCAAUAUGAAGACUGUCUAUCGGAGAACUUGGAAUCCCGGUGUGAUAGCUUUGGGAGGGAAAAUUACAUACAUGAUAAUGGACAAACUUCCCCAGAUCUUCUGUCCAUGCACUCUCCUAUCUCUAGAAGAUUAGAGCGUGCACAAAGCGUGGAGUCUUUUUUAGACAGUUCAGUCAAAGUUGCUCGGUCAGAUGACGAAGAUGAAGUAAGUUUGAAGCAUGAAAUGAUUGUUGAUGAUGAAAAAGUUAUAGGAUGGGCUAAGGUCAAUGCACGUUUGGCGGCUGCAGAAGAAGCUCUUGCAUUAUCGAUAUGGACUACAGCUACACUUUGUCGUGCUCUAUCUCUGGAAAGUGUGCUAGGAUUAUUUGCUGGAGUUCUGCUGGAGAAGCAAACUGUGGUAAUAUGCCCAAAUCUGGGUGUCCUGUCCGCAAUUGUUUUAUCAAUUAUACCAAUGAUAAGGCCAUUCCAGUGGCAAAGUUUGUUACUUCCCGUUCUACCAAGGAAAUUGAUUGAUUUUCUUGAUGCCCCUGUACCUUUCAUUGUGAAGGCAUGUUCAUUGCCUCAACUUCCACGUUACAAGGAGCUUGUUUCUGAUCUCGGUCCAAUUCAUGCCAGACUAUCGUGUGAGAAUGCUUUGGCUAAGAGGCAUCCCAUCUAUAAAUGCAAUGAAGUUCAGGCUGAAGCAGCUUGGCAGUUCUUAAAUGUAAUGAGAUCCUACUUGGAAUCACUUUGCUCUGACUUGCGCUUUCAUACCAUCACAAAUGUUCAGUCCAACAAUGACAGGGUUUCUUUGCUUCUGAAAGACAGUUUCAUUGAUUCGUUCCCCUCAAAAGAUCACCCAUUUGUAAAGCACUACGGCGGCAGCCCGGAGGCCCGCACCAACCGCCGCUCCGCGCUCGACAUCUUUUACGGCCUCGCGCUCGCCGAGGCCCUGCUCUUCCUCCUCGAGAAGGCGCUGUGGCAGUGGAGGCUCGGCUACCACCGCCUCCUCGAGCGCGUCGCCGUCGAGUGCCACCUCGCUACCGCCUGCGGCACCGUCGCCGUCCGCCGCUUCUUCUACGACUCCUACUCGCGCUGCCUCAACGGCAGCAUCUUCGACGGCCUGCACAUGGACCUCGUGUCCUACGCCGACGACCUGCUCACCGCGGGCUCGCACGACGAGCAGCGCCUCGGCGCCAACAUCCUCGUGGCGCUCGUCGAGUCUGACCGCUUCGCCGACGCCACGCUCCGCAGGAUCGGCACGUCCGCGCCCACCGUCGAGCGCCUCAUCGAGAUGCUCAGCUGGAAGAACGCGUCGGAGAAGGACGUGCGCCGCUCCGCCGCGGUCGUCGUGUUCAUGCUCACGGGGAGGAAGCUCAACGCGCUCCGCGUCACCGGCAUCCCCGGCGGGAUCGAGUCCGUGGCAUCCUUGCUGUACGCCGACCUCGACGAGCUCAACCUCCUGGGGCUGUCCAUCCUCAACAAGCUCGCGCACGACCACGACAACUGCGACAAGAUCGGCAAGACCAGGGGCCUUCUCGACAAGAUCAUCUCGUACUCGAGCAUAGCCAGCGGGCCGGCGGCGGCGGCGCCGCCGACAGACACGCGACUCAAGGCAGUGAAGCAGUCGCUCCGAGUUGUGAAGAGGCUGGCGACCACGACGGGGACCACCGGAAAGCUACUUCGUGGGGAGCUCUCUGACAUCGUGUUCACGGUGAGUAACAUCAGGGAGGUGCUGCAGCAGCACGACGAGAAGGACAUGUCGGAGCUGCACCUGCUGGCGAUCGAGAUUCUGACGAGCCUCGCCAUGGAUGAGGAGGCGAGGGAGAUGAUCGGCGGGACGGGGGGUGUGGUCAGCGUGCUCCUCGCGAUGUUCUUGCCGGGAAAGGAUGCCGCAGCGCCCGACCGGCGGAAGGACGCGGUCCGGGUGGAGGCCGGCGAGGCUCUGGCGAUGCUGGCGCUCGACAGCCGGGCGAACUGCGGCGCGAUCAUCACGGCGUGCGGCGGCGGGGUGGCGCGGCUCAUCGAGGCGCUGGGUGAUCCCGUCGUCAUCAUCGGCGCCGCAAGGAUCCUGCGCAACCUGUGCACCUACGCCGGCGAAGAGUGGCAGCUCGCACUGAGAGGAGUCACCGCCGGCGCCACCAAGGUGCUGCGAAAUAUCAUGGUGGAGAAGACCAAGCUCCUCAACAUCUCCCUCAGCCUGGCGGCGCAGAUGCUCCGGUUCAUGGAGCCCGGGGAGCUCCGGGGGACCCUCGCCGCGGCGGGCGUCACGGAGGCGGCGCUGGCGCGGACGCUGGUGCUGGUCCUGCGGGAGUACGGCCGCCCGUCCUUGGUGGUGCCGCGCAUCCGGUUGUACACGCUCGAGCUCGCCAUCGCGCUGAUGCGGUCGGAGGAGGACGCGCGGUUCGUGGCGCUCUUCGUGGAGCUCGGGCUGGAGGGCGAGCUAAGGCGCGUCGCGGAGACCACCUCCGGGCUCGAGUGCUUCAACGUCUUCUCCGGCAGUGUCGGGCUCAACCGCCGCGCCGUCGGUGUCUGCUCGCUCGUCGAGACCGCCAGGGAGGUGAUGAGGCGAGGCUGACACGUCACAAAUCCUCAUCUUGUACGCUGAAAAAGCAAGCAGCCACGGCCGGUGUCU